AUGGGACAUCUUGAAGGAACCACAAUCGCUCCAUCACCUACUAUUACCCAAAAUGGUCUUACUGUACCAAAUCCCAGUUAUCAAAUCUGGUUCUCUCAGGUUCAAUUGAUCCAACAAGCAAUGAUGGCAUCAGUGGAUCCUACAAUUGCUCCAACUAUUGCAGCAGCACCAUCUGCUAACAAAGCGUGGGAACUUCUUCACACAGCCUACGCCAACAAAAUCCAUAUUCGCAUCUUCAGCUUGAGAGAUCAACUGCAAAACACCAAGAAGACUUCCAAAACCAUUGCAGAAUACCUGCAGGAGGUUCGUUCCUUCUCCGAUGCUCUUAAAGUUGUUGGUCCACUUGUCAAUGAUGAUGAAAUUAUUGUCAAAAUUUUAAGUGUCCUUGGCCCCGAGUAUCGUGAAAUCUCUACAGCGAUACGAGCACAAGACUCUCCUUUGAGCUUUGAAGAAUUAUUUCACAAGCUCACAGAUCAUGACCUUUUCCUAAAACAUUAA